AUGGAUAUCCUCUUUCUCAGAUUAACCAAAGAAGUCGAUAAAAUAGGCAACCCAUCAAUAUCAGAUACUCCAGAUGACGUCACAAAGUCAGAAAAAGCAAAAGAAAACAAAGAUGAGAAUUCAAACAGUUCUACGCCAGAAAUCCAUGUCGAGGAAGGCAAAGAUGAGGUAAAACCAGAAGAUGUUCCACCACCAGAACCAGAAGUACCAGCAAAACUCGGAUAUUCAAAAUUAUUCUGGUUUAUUUAUUCAUUUGUCAACCAGCAUAACAUUGCAGCCAUUCUUGGAAUAUUCUGGAGCAUAGCAGUUAAGUACACAAAUGUUUCUAUGCCAGCUUUCCUUAAAUCUUUUAAUUUCGAUCUUGAAAAGGCAUCAAUAUGCGCUGGAUUGUUCUGCCAAGGAACAUUCAUUGCUUUCCAUCCAUUUAAAGGCAUUCCAAUCCUUGAUGUAAUUAUUUCUUUAAUAAUUCAUUUUAUUGUCAAGCCUGUUCUAUCCAUGGCCUUCUGCUGGGCCUUAUCCAUUGAUAGUAUUAUUUCUAAGUUCCUUGUUCUCAUUUAUUGCGCUCCAACAGGUUUGUACGCUUAUCAACUCUCGGACCAAGCUGGAUACAAGACAUCCAUGGUCACAUAUUCAAUGUACUGGGGAAUGAUUUGUGUCCUCCCUGUUUUCAUGAUUUGGAUUGCAAUUAUCAAUGAAACAGGAAUGUUCUCUUAA